AUGAGGAUCUCCAGCCUACUCACGCCACUCAUCCUCCUGCUUUCAGCGCAUUUUCAAGUAUCUCAAGCUUUAUUCAUCACAUCCUCCACGACCUCCACCCCCGCAUCACCAGCUUCAGCUUUACAAGCUUCAUCAACAUCCUUCUCGAGGCUUUCUAGCUUAGCGACGUCGAGUUCGACUUUAGCACCACCGACAACAACGGAAACCGAUGAGGCGAGGAUAACACCCAAACCGGACUUCAAGCCUGGAGAUGAGCUGGAAUUAAGCCUGAAGCAGAAGUGGCAUAUCACAACUUAUUAUAGUUGCGUUACGUUUGGGCAGAAUAGGGUAUUUUGCGGAUGGCAUGAACCAGUUCGCCCAGGAGGUGACGAGAUUGCUGCUGCAAAUGGGAGGCUGGACACGACGGCAGCGGCGUUGGCGGCUGGUGCUUUAGUGUUUGCUUUUGCCGUUGCUUUAUGA